GGCCAUUCUGGGAUGUUUUUUCAUUGAGUGGACAGUGAGCAGAGAGAGACAGAGAGAGAAGAGACACAAGGCUUCUUCUAGCUUCCAGGGAACCACAACGAUGGCAGCCUUGGCAGGGAUUGGCUCUUGUUGUUCAACUCUCUCUUCCACAAGCAAUUUCCGCACAUCUUGGUUGAAAUUUGAGACUCAAACUCAUGGUGGAGGAACCAUCUUAGGGACAUCAUACCGUCGUCGAACUUUGGCCAUUAGAGCAAAAGUGAAUUUUGUGACUGCAGAAGAAGCAAAAGAACUUAUUGCAGUUGAUGGGUACACAGUUGUUGAUGUUCGGGACAAAUCUCAAUUUGAACGAGCUCAUAUCAAAUCAUGCCAUCAUGUCCCUCUUUUCAUUGCAAACGAAGACAAUGACCCCGGCACAAUCAUAAAGAGGACUCUCCACAACAACUUUUCUGGUCUGUUCUAUGGGUUGCCUUUCACUAAACCCAACCCUGAAUUUGUACAAUCUGUUAAAUCCCAGUUUUCACCUCAAAGUAAACUGUUACUGGUGUGCCAGGAAGGAUUGAGGUCUACUGCUGCUGCCAAUAAGUUGGAGCAAGCCGGGUUCGAAAACAUAGCAUGUAUAACAUCAGGACUUCAAUCCGUAAAACCAGGAGCAUUUGAUUCUGUUGGUUCCGCGGAGUUGCAAAAUGCCGGCAAAGCCGGUUUAGUCACCGUUCAAGGGAAGAUUUCAGCUGUACUUGGAACAGUACUAAUCUGUGCAUACUUAUUCAUCACUUUCUUCCCCGAUCAAGCUGAGAAGAUACUCCAAAUUUUCCAAACCACCUAGCCGCCACAAGAUGCUUACAUUUAUCGUAAAGUUUUGCAGUUCUCUCCAACCCCAUCAAGUGAUUUGAGUAAGUGGAGAUUUUUCAGGAAUCUGCAACACAACAUCCAAAGGACCAUAGCUUGUAUCGAUGUAUAAAAGGCUGUACAUUUUUCAGUGUAAAUUUGGUGGAAACUCACCGGAAAAUUUGAUUAAUUCGAACUCUCAUUUAUCUAGUCAAAAAUGAAAUCUAAAUAAAAGUAACUUUAUUUCUGUCCA